AUGCCAUCAACAACAGCAAAAAACAACGACAUAAACAACAACAGCAACAACAGCGACAAUAAUAGUAAAAGCAACAACAGCAAAACCAAUCCCAACACCAACAUCAAAAACAACAACAGCAAAUACAACAACGACAUCAUCAACACCGCACCAACAGUAACAACAACAAAAACAACGGCAACAGCAACAACAACUUCAACAAUAACAGCAGCAGCAACAACAGUAGCCGCGACAACGACAGGAAUACCAACAUUAACAACAAUAGCAAAUACAGCAACAGAAACAACGACACAUAAACACUAUAGCAAUAACAUGAACAACAAUAAAAACAGCAACUACGACAACGACGAUAAUAACAUCAACAACAACAUCAACAACAACAGCUAUAGCAACAACAAAACCAAAAUCAACACCAACGACAAUAGCAGCAACAAUAACAGCAAAGGCAGCAACAUUAAAGAAAACAACAGCCAACAUCAAAAUCAACAACAAAUAAUAAUCAACAAAAACAAAUAA